GCAGAGGAUGGAAUCUUUAUUGAACUUUGAUGUUGUCAUCUCCAAAAGGGAUGGACAGACUGUUGAUGAAGCUGGGGUUGCUGGGGCCUUUGCCCUACAUUUCUACCCAAUAGCAGGCCAUAGUUGGCAACAUUUGGAAAAGUUGGCAAAGCUGGUGAGGAACAAACCCUCGCUCCUUAGACAUCCAUCCACUUUUCUAAAAGUUGCCAACAAAGGAUGGCCACCAUGAGAGCUCACAGUCAACAUAAAGGAAAGAAAAGAGAAGCUUGAGAGUUAUGGUUUCUUUUAUUGAUGUUUCUCCUCACUUCUGUUCGAUAAAUUGAGAUUUGAUGCUCUGCUUUUGCUCGGUAGGAUGUGUUUGUUCCCGCUCUUUGUCCUCGUCUCUCUCGCCCAGUCAGGCGGCACUCAGCUGCUCUCCUUAUCUGAAAUGUACGGCAGCCUGCAGUCGCCAAACUUCCCGGAGCCCUACCCUCGGGAGACUCAGCUUGGCUGGAACAUCAGCAUCCCGCUUGGCUUUCACAUCAAACUGUACUUCAGCCACUUUGACCUGGAGCCGUCCUACCUGUGUGGAGGCAGAUAGUGAGCUCUUGGCGCUGUUCUGUGGUCGGGAGGAGACAGACACUGAGGCAGUGCCAGAUCAGCAGGUCAUCACUUCUCCUAGAAACUCCCUCAGUGUCGUCUUCACCUCUGACUUCUCCAAUGAGGAGAGAUACUCUGGAUUCAUGGCUCACUACAGUGCCGUGGACGUAGACGAGUGCAGUGAGCGUGCUGAUGAGGAUCAACUGUGUGAUCAUUUCUGUCAUAACUACAUCGGAGGAUACUACUGCUCCUGCCGCUAUGGUUACCUUCUACACUCUGACAACCACACCUGUAAAGUGGAGUGCAGUGGCGGUGUGUUCAGGGAACGCUCCGGCGUUUUGAGUAGUGUCGACUUCCCAUCUCCAUACCCAAAGAGCUCUGAGUGUGUGUACAGGAUCGAGGUAGAGCCAGGAUUUAAGAUCCACCUCCUCUUUGACCCCAAGUUUGAUGUGGAGGACCACCCCGACAUCAGCUGUCCCUACGACCAUGUCAAGAUCACAGCGGGCAGCAGACAGUUUGGUCCUUUCUGUGGGGAUCGAUCUCCAGGAGAGAUUCUGACUGACAUCAAUGCUGUCACCAUCGUCUUCAAUAGUGACGACUCUGGAGACAACACAGGCUGGAGACUCUCAUACACAUCUAUAGGAAGUAGGUGUGCAGUCCCUGAAGCUCCACCCCAUUCUGUGAUGAAUCCUGUCCAAUCAGAAUACUCCUUUAAGGAUCAUGUGGUGUUCACCUGUAAGGAGGGCUACAGGCUGGUAAAGGAUGGAGAGUACCUAGACCACUACCAGCUGGACUGUCAGACUGAUGGAUCGUGGAGCAGCGGACUUCCUUCCUGUCAGAUGGUGGAUUGUGGGAGUCCGAAGAUGAUUGCCAUGGCUGACAUGGUGUUUGGUAGUCAUGACAACAGCACAACGUAUGGAUCCAUGGUUCAGUAUUUUUGCAGAGAGGACGCCAGCAACAUUUCAUACAGGUGUGGGCCGACUGGAGAGUGGGUCAGCUUACAAUCAGAAAACAGACUGCCCAGCUGUCAGCCUGCUAACGGCUCAGCCUGUGGCAGGCCUUCCCAUCCCCUGCCCCCUCUCGUGAAGCGGGUGGUGGGAGGUCGUGCAGCAGGCGUAGGUUUGUUCCCAUGGCAGGUGCUGCUCAGUGUGGAGGACCUGUCUCGGGUCCCUGAGGGCCAUUGGUUUGGUUCCGGGGCCUUGCUAUCAGGGUCCUGGGUCCUCACUGCUGCCCAUGUCCUGAGGUCCCCGAGGAGGGACAGCAGUGUGGUCCCUGUGGCCCCCCAACAUGUCCAGGUGUUUCUCGGUCUCCAUGAUGCUGCAGACAAAGACAGGGCCACUGUACGCUCGGUCCAGCAGAUCCUCCUCCAUCCAGACUUCCAACCAAAUGACUACAACAACGACAUCGCCCUGCUGAAGCUGACAGACAGCGUGGACUUUAACGAGCUCAUCAGACCUGUCUGCCUACCGCCACCUCACUACAAGGGCGACCCCCCAGCUCCUCCCCCAAACUCUCUGGGUGUCGUUGCUGGUUGGGGGAUCUCCAACCACAACACCUCCUCUUCUCUGCCCCCCUCAGGCGACCCCACUUCCCUGACCUCCAGCCUGGGUCCAACAUCUGACCUCCUGCAGUUUGUUAAGCUGCCGGUGGUCUCCCAGGACGAGUGCCAGGCAAGCUAUGCCUCACGCUCCGUCAGCUACAACAUUACUGAUAACAUGUUCUGUGCUGGCUUCUUUGAAGGUGGGAAGGACACGUGCCUGGGCGACAGUGGUGGAGCGUUUGUGAUGGAGGACCGGGUCAGUCGCCGGUGGCUGGUAUUUGGGUUAGUGUCGUGGGGGGGGCCCGAGGAGUGUGGGAGUCAGAGGGUGUAUGGGGUCUACACCCGUGUGACUAAGUAUGUGGAGUGGAUACACAAGCAGCUACAUGCUACCCCCUAGUGGUCAGACAGGGAGUUCCAGAGGUCAUGUGACCCUGCUGAGUACACAUUACUGUAUAUGUAUAUUUUUACCAUAGUAUAAACAGUACUGUUUCCUACCUCUAGCUGAUACUAUAUAUAAACUAUUUCUAAACUGUGAGGACGUCUUCUGGCUGUGAUUGGUCCUCAGAUGGACAGGAGAUGUGGUCAGAUGAAAUGGUUCAGAGGAGGCUCAUUGAUGCAUUUUAUCCUCCUUCUCUACAUCACCAUGACCACCAUGGACCUGGUAGAGUACAGAGCUAGGAAGGCCAGGGAGCGGAGCCAUGAGUGUGACAUCACCUAAAAGCCUGAGUAGUUUCUAAUCACCGCAAUCUUGACCCUAAAGGUCCAUUUGAAUAGUCCAUUUUGCUUAGGAAGGUUCCUAACUGAGUGAAACAACCCGGAAGUAUUUUAGUGUCGGCCAUGAUAAAGCCCUUUCGAAUUCUCUAACUGAUAAGGAAAGGAGCUUCAUUAAUUCCUCUAUUAUCUCCUUUAGCCUAGGAAACACUGGACCAUCCUUUACCAAGGGAGAGAUGAAAAGACAACCCACAACUCUUUGCGUGAACUUCAUUUAAAGGGACGCACCUGUUGGCCGCUCAUCAAAACAAGCGAUUAACUUGACUGUAACUUUACUAGCCCCAAUUUAACAGUUAAAUUCAUUGUCAAACUUAUAAUUCAUGUGAUAAACGGAAGGAAAAGUGAUGAAUAAAGGAAUAUUACAGACAUGAAAACUAUAUCAGUCCACUUGUGAUAACGAUUUCAUUUCUUCUCAUUUCCAUUUUUAUCCAAACAGUAAACCGAUCAGUCAGUAUUUCAGAGUGUAUUCGUUUCACUAUUAUGUUUAUCACAUUCACUAUUAUGAGAUAUUAAAGUGAGUGUGAUAAAAGUUUGUAAAUCAAAACCAAUUCAAGCCAUAAAGUUGGCAUGUUGCUGUAUUGUGAUUGUUAUAUCUAUCAUCAUAAUUAUGCAGGGAAGACGCGGUUUAUAGAGCUUUUCACAGAACGAGCUGAAAGAAAGACAGAACCAGAAUAGGCUAAUAAAAAUAACAGAGACAAGAUGAUUAAAGAUAAAUGGAUAGGUAGGGAAUAAAACAAAAAUAUUUGAUAAGGUUGUGAAAUAAAAUGACUUGAAUAUCAUUCACCUAGUCAUAUUGACGUUGCAGACAGUUUAGAUUGAAAAAGUGUCUGAAGUUCUAGAUGUUCACAGUCACAGUUCCUCGUCCUGAAGAGACUUUAGAACAUUGAAAAUCUUAAUGAGCUCAUAUUCAUCAUCAAGGUUUUAACGUUUCAUUCACUGCUCAUAACAGAGAGAACACAGAGAACAGGGAGAACAUGAAGAACAGGGAGAACACGAAGAACACAGAACAGGGAGAACACAGAGAACACAGAGAAGAGGGAGAA